AUGCAUACCUCGCAUAAUCACUCGCCUCUUCCGAUCCUGCAUCUGUAUCUCUCGGGUGUGUUCGAUCGCCAUCCAGAUCUUCGCAUCAUCUUGGCUCAUCCGUGCUUACUCCCUUCUCUCCUCCCACGCAUCGAUACUAUCCUGGCGCUCAUACCCGCCGCCGACAAACCUACCCGCGGCUUCCUAGACGUCUGGCAACACAACUUCUACCUCGCUACAGCAGACGUGCUGGACAUGUCGACUAUGCGGACGCUACUGGAACAAAUCCCGGUUGACCGUGUACUGUACGCGAGUAACUACCCACUUGAAGAGAGGAGCAGAGAAUUGAUGGAAGAACUCAAAAACAGCAAUUUCUUGACGAAAGAAGAAUGGGAGCGACUGGCUUGGGGAAACGCCGAGUUUGUCUUUGGCUUCAAGAAAGAGAAAGAGGGCAAAGCAAAGGCGUACUCGUCAGUUACAGUGAGCUGA